AUGGGUGCUAUUCAUUGUCAAAGACUGAAGCAAAACGGGCUGAGUAAUAGUAUCUGCUGUAUCGAUGCCAGCUUCCCCGUGCUGCUGGUGUACGUGGUGACCUACGGCCUGUCCAUGAGCGUGGUGGGCUCGCUGAUGUUCACCGUCCUCAUGGAUACGUUGGAUAUGAGUCACUUCCCCGCUGCCCUGGGCCUGCUCGCCAUCAUGGAGAGUGUCACGCUACUGAUCGGGCCCCCGCUCGCAGGAAUCCUGGUGGACAGAACUGGGGAGUAUUUUUACGUCUUCUUCGCCUGCAGUGGGACUGUUGCCUCAUCAGCUGUAUUCCUCAUGGUGUCUUUCUACUGGCUGGACAGAAAGGUGCUAAAGGGGCAGCAGGUCUCCCCACCAAAGCCUGCCAGUGUUAACAAUGUGGUCCCCCAGUGCCAGUACAGCAGUGUGCCCACCAAGGGGGACAAAGACAAGGCCUCAGACUCUGAGACUGGGGAUGUCAACUGCCUGUGAAAAGCGUCAUUGUCCAAACUCACAGAUGUAUAUUUCCUAUGGUUUUGUGAUUGUAUACCCUGUGCUGCUGAUCUUACAGUACAAGCGUAUGAUAAUUGAUAUGAUAUCCCAAUCUGUUAGGAUCUGACACUCCAAUCAUAGUAUACACACUCUUGCCUCUUGACUGUUAAGAGUAUUGGUAAGUGCAAAUGGGUUGAGUAUUUCAUCCAAUGGGUUCAUGCUAGGAGUGGAUUAUUCAUUGCUAUUACAGUCGGCACUAUUUAUGCAGACUAAUACUGUUAUUGUUGAUCGAACACAGUACUUUUUCACACAUUCCAUAAACCUGUGCCUUUCCCCCUCAUACCCUGUUACACAUUCAUCAUGUCAUGUUGUUCAUGAAGACAUACCUUAGGAAUGUGCCUUGUACAUGCAAUCAAUCAAAAUAAACAUUUAAUAUCUGUA